AUGGCCGACCUGAGCACGGCCUUCUCGGAGGCGGACACGGCAGCUCCCUCGUGUCGCUCUUGGCCGGCCAGAAGGCAGCUCGAUGGCCGCCGCUUUGGCAGCGGGUCCACCGCGGCGAGCUGUAACGGCAAGAGCGUGCCCCUCUCCGAGUUCUCCUGGGUCGUGGGAGGCGUCCUGGCCGAGACGUGCGGCGGGCCCCUCGCCGGAGUCUCCAGCGCGAAGGGCACGGCCGCUCACGAAGCGGGCGUGGAUGUUGUCCACAGCCGCCGCAGGUGCAUCGCGCAGCGGCGGGCCCUCGUCAGGGAGCGGGCGCAGCCCGGCAGCGAGGGCGCGUCGUCCGAGCACCUCUGCGGCCUCUGCAGCAGCGACUGCCGGGAGUGUAGGGCGGCGCGCGCGGUGGCUGACCCUCCUGCGGUCGAGGAGUGCUCCGGCUGA